AUGUUAAAAUUUAUGCUGGCUUGUAUUAUAUUGAUACCCUUAGUUAAUUCGUGAUGAGCGGUUCAGAGUUCUUUAUUUAUCUUGACCUUUAUUUUAAUAUUAUAUUGCCAUCAUGACUUUAGUAAUUAUAUAGCGGGAUGGUGUUUUAAUAUUGACUCAUUAGGUUAUAUUUUAAUUUUGUUAAGAUUUUGGAUUACUGCCCUUGUAGUUUGUUCAAGACAAAAAGUGCUAAAAGAAAACAAUUAUCCCUCUUUAUUUCUGUUAGUUAACAUCUUCCUGUUAUUUUUUUUAAUUAUAACAUUCUCGGCUAAUGAUUAUCUAUUGUUUUAUAUUAGAUUUGAAAGCUCUUUAAUUCCUACAUUAAUUCUAAUUCUGGGGUGGGGUUACCAACCUGAGCGUUUACAGGCUGGGGUUUAUAUAUUAUUUUAUACUUUAUUUGCCUCAUUACCCUUGUUGGUAUCGUUGAUUAGAUUAUAUAAUAUAAGAGGAAGAUUAACUUUAGGGUUAGUCGAAAAUGUAAGAGGAGCUGGAUUUAUUUCCUGUAUCUGAUAUGUAGUAACAGUAUUUGCUUUCAUUGUAAAGUUACCUAUAUUUUUAGUACAUCUGUGAUUACCAAAAGCGCAUGUAGAAGCACCUGUUGCAGGAUCAAUGAUUCUGGCUGGGGUUUUACUUAAAUUAGGAGGUUAUGGUCUGAUUCGAGUAUUACCUUUAUUCGGAGAAGCUAAUAAGAAUUUAUCUUGAUUGUGGGUAAGAAUUAGAUUAGUAGGAGGAGUAGUUGUAAGUCUGAUAUGUUUACGACAAGUGGAUAUGAAAGCUUUAAUUGCUUACUCUUCUGUAGCUCAUAUAGGGCUAGUAUUAUCUGGAUUAGUAGUAUUUGGUUGAUGAGGAGUAAAUGGAGCAGUUGUGGUGAUAAUUGGACAUGGGCUGUGUUCUUCAGGAUUAUUUUGCUUGGCUAACAUGGUUUAUGAACGAAUUGGAAGUCGAAGCUUAUUGAUUAGAAAAGGCUUAAUGAAUUUUAUACCAAGAAUAGCAUUAUGAUGAUUCUUGUUAAGAGCAGGUAAUAUAGCCGCACCUCCUACUUUAAACCUUUUAGGUGAAAUUAGCCUGAUUAUUAGUGUUGUAUCUUGAAGAAAGGUAAGUAUGUUGUCCAUUUCAUUGUUAUCUUUUUUCAGAGCUGCUUAUACUUUAUAUAUAUUUUCUCUGAGACAACAUGGUAAAUACUAUAGAGCUUUAUUUUCGUGUUGUUCUGGCAAGGUUCGAGAAUACCUAAUUUUGAUAUUACAUUGACUUCCUUUAAAUGUCUUAAUCUUGAAGGGAAGAACUGUUAUAUUUAUCUUAUAA